CCUCAUGUGACUGAGACACUGUAGUUUAGUCUGGAUUGAUCCUGUGUGAAAAAGACAGAGCUGCAGCAGCAGGAGCAGCAGUAUCAGGCCUGGCUCCAAAGCAUCGCAGAGAAAGACAACUUGUUACUUAUUGGCAAGUCUGCUUCAGAGCAUUACGAUAAUAAGGAAGAAGAGAAUGAAGAUGAUGAGGACAGUGAAGGGGAUUCAGAAGAUGAUGAGGACAUGCAGGACAUGGAUGAGAAGAAUGAUGUUGGAGAGGUCAAUGAGGUGGACAUGGAAGGCAAUGAACAGGAUCAGGACCAGUGGAUGAUCUAGGUAGACAAGCCAAGGUGGCCUCAGAGUGAUUCCAUCCACCCCAACCUAUUUUGC